CAGAAAAGAAUGUACUCUGAAUUUGGUGGUGGAUAGUAGAAAUAAAACUAUCCAAUGAACAAAAUAACAUAAUCUUACAAUCCUGUUGUUCAAGAUGCUCCAAGAUAGAGAUUACCUAAUGAGAAUCCAAAAGAUUAUAUGUUAUCAGCAUAUACUUCGCUGAUUCACGUAAUAGACAUAACCUCAACAUCAGCAAUAUAUAGAGUAGAUCCAUUUGCAAAAUACUUAUGCUGUUGGACAAAUAUAAUAAGUUAAGCAGAAAUAGGUGCAAUUUAAGAGAGAACAAAAUGGAGACAUCCAAAUUUAAUUUGCUUUUUAUUCUUUUAAGAUGUAAGUGACAAAUAUGCUCAAUCAAAAGAAUUUAAAAUCUAUUAUGAAUAUUUACCAUUAGAUGUGAAAUAAUUAAUAGAAAAAAGAUAAUAAAGUAAUGAGUAUGUUCCAGAGGAUGAAAUUUGGAAAAUGAUCUCUGGUCUAUCAGAUGCAUUAUUAUUCUUAUAAAAGAAAGGAAUAUCCCAUUCUGCUUUGAAUCUUGAGUCAAUAUAUUUUGAUGAGGAAUACUUAUUGUAUAGAGUACAAGAUGUUAGUCCAUUUAGAGCAAAAGCACCACAUUUAUUUUAUAAUCAAUUUUAACCAUCUGAAAAUGGAAGCAAUUAAAAGUGUAAUAGAUUUAAGAAUGAUGUUUUUGGUCUUGGGUAAUAUAUAUAAUUUAAUUAACUUAGUAUGAUUAUUUUGUCAUUGGCAUUAUUAAAAGAUUGUCAAGAAUUAUAUAAUUAAGGAGUUUUAUAAGUUGAUCAAUUGGAGGAACACAUGUAAAAGAUGGGGAAAUUAUAUCCUGGAAGAGUUGAGAAUGUUUUAAGAUAAAUGAUUGAAUUAGAUAAUGAAAAAAGGCCUGAUUGGGUAGAAUUUUAAUAGGUUCUAUAAUAAAAUAAAGAGAAAUAAGUAGGAUUAUCAGAAUAAUAGUCGAAUAUUGUAUAAUAAGUAAACCAUCAGAAAUGUACAAAAAGUGUAGAUGCCAAUAAUAACAACCAAGAAAAUAUAGAAAUAAAGAUUAACAGUUAGAAGGGAGAUGGUUUAGAUUAAAAACUAAUUAAUUUAAACAAAAGAAUUUAAGAAACUUUAUCAAAAAGCCUUAGUAAAAAUUUAAGAUGA